AUGCACGAAGCAGUGAAGGAUCUUUGCUCAAAAAGUGGAAUUGGGAAGAACUGGGCAGAGCGUGUGGAAAGUGGUGACUGGGAAGUGGAUGAGAACGGCGUUACUGGUGGGAUUGAAAAAUUCAAGGACGCUGAUACCCCAGAGCACUGGAAGAAGUACUAUAUACCUUGGAAGAGGCUUGAUUGA